AUGCGUUUCACUACUGUCUUUGCCAUGCUCGCGGCCGCUAUGGGCGUUGUAGCAGAAGAGGCUAUCAACAUCAAGAUCUGUAAUGGUAUCAACGAGGCCGGUGACUGUAUCACCGCUAACGUUUACAUUCAACACCAAUGCUACAACUUGAACGGUACUCCUGUCUCAAACAAUGUCCGGUCUUUUACGAUCCCAAGUGGUUACCGUUGCCGCUUCUGGUCGUCCACUGCAUGCAAUGGCGGCGGUACUGGCGAUGUCCAGAGCCCUGGCAGCAACCAGAACGGCCACCCCCAGGUCAACUCUGUCAAGUGUUACGCCAACUAG